AUGGCAAUCAUGGAAGAAGUUCCCAAAUUGCCAAUACUAACAGAAUGUUUUAAUUCUAAUAUGAAUGUGGUCGCCACUGUAUGUGACUUAUCUACAGUAAACAUCAAAGUUUUGAAAACGUUAGGUGCUACAACAAGGGACCCUUAUUUUGACCAUAAUGGACGGGAAAUUGUUGCUGUUUUGGACCCUCCACAUCUUUUAAAGUGUACACGAAAUCUAUUGAUGAAACACGACAUAGAGUGCACAAGUGACAUUCAGGGCAAUAAUGAAUCUGUCAAAGGCAUAGUUAAAUGGAGCCAUAUAGAAUCAUUUUAUGAUUUGGACAAAAAUAAUCUAAAUUUUGUUUUUGCUCCUGCUUUAACAGAUCGUCAUUUAAAGCCAAAUGUUAAAGAACAAAUGCGGGUGAAGCUGGCAGCGCAAAUAUUUAGCCACUCUGUUACGGCUGGCAUAUUGGCGAAAAUUGCAACAAAUGAACUACCACCCGAAGCCCAUGCGACUGCAACUUUUACAAAAAAUUUCGACGAGAUAUUUGAUGCCGUGAAUGCAGACAGCCCAGAUUUACGAGGAGGAAAAAAAUACUCCACAAACAUGACCAUACGUUCUCCUCACAUUGAUUUAUUUAAUCAAAUGCGAAAAUUUAUUUCGAGAAUGAAAUAUCUAGGCAGUAGGUCCAAGCCUCCAUCCCAAGACGGUUGGAUCCACACAUUAAAUGCUAUAGAAAGACUAUGGAAGAAUUUGCAGUCAAAAAAAAUCAAAAGCCUUUCCACGCGUCGUCUUAAUCAAGACCCAUUGGAAAACUGUUUCGGCUGUAUCAGGUAUAACUGUGGCUCAAAUACAAAUCCCACAAUACAACAAUUUGUAGCGGGAGUAAAAACUGCAAUUUUGUCAAAUUUGCGCCAUUCUGGGCUAAAAAGGAACUGCGAGGACGACACCGCUGUGUUGUGUGAUAAUUUGACCAGCUUUUUAACCAAUUUGCCAACUGAAGAAAAAGGGCCAGACCAGAAUCCUUACAAUUUCAGUGAUAUUGAAGCGUCAUUAGCUGAUGCAGUCGAAGCAGUAGAACAGGCAACGCCGGAAGGUCAAGCUUGUGGAUACGUGUGUGGUUUCAUAUUCAAAAAACUCCGACAUAAUGAAUGCCCAGAUUGCCGGAAGUCAUUUUUGUCAGAUUCAACUGAAACCAUACACGUAUUCACAAGCUUUAAAGAAUAUGUUACAUCACUCCUUCCUACCUUAAGAAUAACUUUUCAUUUCUACACUGUGAAGACUACUCUCUCCGAUCCGUCGACAGACUUAUUUUGA